CCCACUUAUUUUGUAAUUUUCAGGUUUGAACUAGAAUGUACUCAAUGGAUGAACUAUCGAAGAAAUGUAAUGAAGAAGAUGAAAUGAGCAAAGCUAUUUUACUUUCUCUCGAGGACAGCUUCAGGAGUACACACGGUAUUUACAGCACUCCUCAAACAAGAUCUAACUCCAGUACGUUCCUAGAUUCAGGUUUAUCUGAAGACGAACAAUUUAAGCGUGCUCUUUAUGUGUCGGCAAUAGAAGCUGGAUCGGAUGUUCCGAAUGAUUUUGAUCAGUUUUGCUGCCAAGUUGAACCGGAGAAAUCAAGCGAUGCUUCGAACCUUUCAUUCGAGAAAUGGAAGAAUCGUCCAAUUUCAGAGCGCAUCUGCGAAGCUAAAGGUGGCACUGGCCAACUGGCCGAAAGCAAGUCCAAAACAUUGGAUUACAGCUCUUCCUUUGAUUCGCCGUCUUAUUCCUCCUCUUCCUUAACAAGUUUAAAUGGAUAUCAAUCAGUUAGUGGCAUAUCCCAUAUUCCUGAGACGACCUUUAAGAACGAUAUCGGAAGUUUUAACUCUACCGCCCGCGGUGCCGAGGCAUUUUUUCCUCAAAUCCGUCCGCCCUCAGCAGCUCCGGCUCCCAGUGUUUUAACGUCAUCUUCCCUUAAUCUUUUUGAUAUCUAUAAACCUGCAUCUUCUUCGAAUUAUUUAAAUUCUUAUCCAUCAUUAAGUAUUAUUAAUUCAUCUUUAAAUCAUCUUAAUAGUCCCGGUUAUUCUCCCUCCGACCUUUUAAAUAAUUCAGAUGCUUUUUCUCCGACGGAUUCUACUCCUUCUAAUUUAUUUAAUGGUUCUAUAUCCUCCGCUUCUCAUGGUUUUGAUUCUACUAAUUUUAAAUCUGUAUCCUCGAAUAGUUCUCAACCCGACAUUGGACACGACGAAGAUGAAACAUUAAGAUUGGUUUUGGAGCUUUCUAAAAAAGAGAUUAGAUUGGACGCAGAGGAGCAAAAACGAAUUGAAGCUGAGGAGUUUGAAGCGCAAACUAAAUUUCUUAUUGAAGAAUCUAAAUUACUCGACAUGACGGAUAAGUUACGACAAGAUUUAAAAAUUGAGACAAGGUCUGGAAACUACUCGUAUAAUUACAAUAAAGAAAACCUAACUGCUAUCGAACAAAGAACACUGGAAAAUAAACUUACCCAAGAAGCAAAAUUCAGAGAGCUUGACUUUCAACCAUAUGAUCUUAUUCCUGAUAUUGACGACGAUUGGGAGGACCCCUCCAAGGAAGAUUGGCAACCGGCCGGUGGCCGGCGUGUCAGGCGGGUCAGUUUGACGAGUUGGAAACCUGCUGUUCCAUCCCCCGGGAUAACUAAUUCACAAUCAAUGUACAAUCCAGAGGAGUUUGUGGCUGUUACUGGCCAGAAACGGUUGAUCGUGAUUGAUGGGAGCAAUGUUGGAUACAGUCAUGGUCUUCAUGAAACCUUCUCCCUGCAUGGAGUCUGUAUCUGUAUAGAGUAUUUUACCAAGAUGGGUCACGAGGUUGUUUCCUUCCUGCCUCCGAGCCGGUACAACUUCUCGAGCGCAGAGGAGAAGGAGACCAUGGACGUUAUGAUUAACUCUAAACUCCUCGUAAUCACGCCGCAGCGCAAAUUGCCGUGUGGUCGGAUUGUUAGCAGUUACGAUGAUCUUUUUAUCAUAAAAUACGCGGCCUCCAAGCGCGGGAUAAUCGUGUCCAACGACCAGUAUCGGGAUAUAAAAGAACGUGGUAAUCCCGAUUACACAGAACAAGUGGAGAAUAGGGUUUUAUCCUUCUCCUGGCAUGGGGAUACGUUCAUGGUUCCUGACGAUCCUUUGGGUAGGGAUGGACCUGCUCUUACGCAGUUCCUUCAUCAUUAAUCAGAUCAUUAAUCCGAUCAUUAAUCCGAUCAUUAAUCCAUUCAUUAAUCCAUUCAUCCUAUGUUUAGUUAAUCCAUUCAUAAAAUGCUUCGUUAAUCCAUUCAUUGAAUAAUGAUUGCAUUCACCGUUAAUUAAUUAAAUAAUUGAUUAAUUAGUACAUUAAUUAGUUUUUAAAAGUGGUUUUCAAAACUUAAAAUAUGUAAAUGACUAAAAUCUUUAUUUACUCAGUAUUUGAUUCGUGUUUUUGCUUAAACUUCAAUUAUUUAUGGAUUGCUCAAUUGAUCUAUUGAUUGAUCGAAUAGAUUCAUGUACGUUAAGUGGUAAGAGAAGAAAAAUGAUUUUUAAAAUUUAUUUCAGCUAAUUUAUUAACUGAGAUGAAUUCAUGAUUAUUAUUGACACCAUUACUUUCCUUAUUAUUUCCUUUAUAAUCCGAGAACUCAAAUUAUGGUAAAUAAAAAACAUAUAAAAAAACAGCAGAUCAUUAAACCUUGUAUGAACAUUUUUUUACUUAAUUUAGAUAUAAGCUCUUGUAAUAAUUAGAAUAUACAUAUUUAUUGAUUGAAAUCUGUUAUUAUUGGCGUAAAGAUAGUGUUUUACAAAGAAUUUAGUUUUCGUAGAUAUAAUGUUGUAUAAGUAUGUAAUUAAUUGUUGUUCGUAUUAAACUAGACUUGUCAAGGAUGGAUAUGGGAAUUUUUAAGAUGGUACAUAUGGUCCAUGAAAGUUUUCAAUUUCCAGAUGUAUGUUAACUUUGUUCCGCCCCCUGACUCGUCUGUUUAAAAUAUAUAAUUAUUGAAUCUAAUGUUUGUAACAUAAUAUGCUUUACAUCUUGUUAAGAAAUGUAUUUACUCGAAUAAUUAUAAUAACACUUUAUCUAGCAAUUAAUCGCUAAUUUCUAGUUGAAUUAUUACCAACAACUUAAACCCCAUAAUUUUUCUGGUAAAGGUCAACCGAGACUCCUUUUCUUGAUAUCACUCUUUCCAAAAUUAAACAACAACCUUUUUUAAAAUGAAACUUUUAAAAAUUUAUUUUGAUAUUUUUGUAUUUUAUUGUGAUCUAUAGUUCGUGUACAUUUUUGCAGGGGUAUCCCCCCUCCCCAUUUAAAGUUACAGCUUACAAAAAAGAAGGCCUCUUAGUGGAGUAGAAUUCUUGUAAUCCUAUUCCACUGCAUAACUACACUGCCUAACUUAGUUUUGUAUAGUUUUAUAGGUAUGUCUUACAGUCCCUUUAAUAACAGUACUGUAAAGUACCAAACACGGUGCCUGACUACUGACUAGUUCCUUAUUUAGAGAGAGUUAUUUUCCCAUUGUAUAACAACAGUAACAACGUGUAAAAAAAUUAACAAAAUUCAAAGAAAAUAGCUUAAACAAGAAUAUUAUUUACAUUUUAUAAUUUUUUAACAAAUAAUUUUGUAAUACUUGUAAACGUUACUCGUCUAUAAACUGUAAAAUCUUGUAAACAUGUCAUGUAAGUGAUGUACUGCACCAAUUUGUAAACAUUAACUGGAGAAAAAUUUCAAUAUAGUUUUGUACACGA